AUGGAAGAGCAGAUGUGGGAGCUGCGGGCUGUCAACUUCCGCUAUGGUGCCAUGGUCCUUUGCCACCUGGACCUCUUGUGCGCUCUGGUUCUUGUGUGGCAAUUUCUGCAAUCUCCGUGCGUGUCUUUGGCUUUCCUGCCCGUAGGAAGCAUGUGCACCUACAGUCUAUCCAUCUGCUUUGCCAGCGGCCGUUUGGCGCCUUCACGAAAGUUCCUUCUCUUCGCGAACUUUGUGCUCGUGCCCUUAGCCAGCCUGGGGGUUUGGAAUCCUGAAGAGCACAAAGACGCCGCGGGGCUGCAGUUCUCCCUGGUGGCUGUCGGGCACAUGACGGCCGCGGUCCUAUACCUGGACAUAACCAUCUACGUACCCUCCGCUGUCCUGCACACCCUCGUCAGCAUCGCAACCUUCAUCUACUUCAGAGGCAGCUCUCAGCUCAACAGCGCCGUGGUCUUCUGCCAUGUGGUUCAACUGCUUAUGCGCAUCAUGGUCCUGAGUCUGAUCGAGAUGGCGGUGCGCAGCUAUCUCGGGUCCAACCAGAAGCUGGAAGAGGCCCACUGCAUGAUUGCAGGGUUCCAGCAGAUCUUGAAAGGGAUGUGCGACGGAAGCCUCCUUCUUGACGAGCAGCUCCGCGUCCAUGGGCCCACAAGCUCCUUGCAGCAGCUGCUCAUGGACCGGAAAGACUUCGCAGGCAUCGACUUCGAGUCGCUCAUCAUGGAUGCCCAGGGGAGGGAGCAGUUUGCUGCCUUCAUCCAGGCCUCCUGUGCAGCUGCCGGGGAGCCCGCAGCGAUGUCGGCGCCCUCUUGCUUACGGCUGGCUCUCAAAUCUGGCUCCGGUGGGAUCGCUGCUUUCUCCAGUUAG